AUGGCACCAUCAUCCGGAUCCAAAUCCAGCUCUACAUCCAAGCCCUCAUCCUCCAAAAAGCCCUCCAAGCACGAUUCCGACUCCGAUGAUGAGUACCAAUCAUCAUCUCGCAAAAGCAGCAAGAAACCCGACAAGAAGGAGAAGACGUCGUUGCUGAAAAGUAUAUUUACGAAAGAUCGAUCUGAAGCCCAGGAGAUCUUGGAGUCGAAGUACUUUAAGGAUGAGAGCUCAAAGGCUGGUAAAAGCGAUAGGCUGGAUAGUGCCAUGUUCAAAGACGAAAGUCGUGUGCCAUCGUCGAAGAAGGAGAAAAAAGAUAAGAGUGCGAGGUUGGAUAGUGCGAUGUUCAGAGAUGAGAGCGUUGCGUAUAAGAGUGAGAAGAAAGAGAAAGAGAAGAGUGAGAAGAACAAGAAGGUGGAGACAGUCAAAGAGGAAGAGGAAUAUACGGAGGAGCCAGAUUUUUCGCAGUUUGUGAGUAAAUAUGAGCUACCAGAGAAAGUGAAGAAGGCGGAGAAGAAGCCCGAGAAGAAGGUCGAGAAGAAGGUCGAGAAGAGUGUGAAGCCCCAGGCACCAAAGCCGAGGCACCAAAGUGUCCAGGUAGAGCCAUCUGUCCGGUACGAGAGUAAUAAGGUGGAGAGCAAGGUCAAAAGUGUUGCCAACUUCAAGACAGCCUUCAAGGAUGACCAUGAUAUUGAAAUGGCGGCGAAGCAAACCCGAAUUGCAGAGUUGACUGGCGAGGAGCUGAUAGAGCAGGAGAAAUGGGCGUUCGAGAAGCUGAAGGCUCAUGCGGGAUCCUGUCCUAUGGGAUUCUCAUGGAACAGAUAUACCCAGGAAGCAUGUGGCGAGCAAGAGCGACUUGACGGCUACCGCUGUGCGGGAGGUGGUCACUUUGUAUCCCACGAGAUGGUUGCUGAAGGCGAAGGGAGGACGAUGCGAGCCACGGAUGAAUUCACUCGCUGGGAAUUUCAGGUAUCAUCGGCUCAACUGAUAGGCUCUCAUAGGCCGAUGCCUCCUCCCUACACGGGUCUGCGGUGGGAACCCGAGAAUAGGUUUUUGGGCUCCGGAACACUACCAUUUUCUAAUCUACCUCCGCGUUUUGGCCCGUCGAAUUCACCAUUUGCCCGCGCACCAUUCGGCGGAGGAGGCUCUGGAGGCAUGGCAAACUCUCCGAACUCUGUGCAUGAUCCAUUCGGCAGGUUCAACCCCCAUGGAGGUGGAACCAACAUAUCGAGACAUCAACAACAGCAACCAGGCGGUGGCCCACAUCGGAUAUCAGUCUUAGAUCCAAACUAUAAUCCUGGCCAAACUAAUGAAGAUGAUCAGCAACAGCAACAACCAGGAGGGCAUGGAGGUAUUUGGGGGGAUGGCGGUAAUGGUGGGUUGUAUGGAAGAGGUUAUAAUGGUGGAGGCGGUGGCGCCGGGUGGAGGUGA